AUGUUCAUUUCCCAUCGAGACACUCCUAUUGUUAAAGCCAAUAACCGGAACCUGAGUUAUCUCCUCCUGGUCUCCAUCAUCCUCAGCUUCCUCUCUGUCUUCUUCUUUCUGGGUCGUCCCAAUGAUGUGACUUGUAGAUUACGUGAAACCAGUUUUGGAAUCUUCUUCUCAAUAGCCGUCUCUUCACUUCUCGCCAAGACUGUCAUGGUUUGUGUUGCUUUUAAGUCCACCAAGCCUGGAAGCCCUUGGAGAAAAUGGCUUAGUGUGAAACUACCAUAUGCCAUAGUGUCAUUGUGUUCAUCCUUUCAAGCUGUAAUCUGUAUUAUCUGGCUGUCUAUUUCUCCUCCAUUCCAGGACCUGGACACUGACUCUUAUCCUGGGAAGAUCAUCAUUCAGUGUAAUGAAGGCUCAGAUAUCUGGUUCUACUCCAUGUUGGCUUAUCUGGGGCUCCUGGCAGCUGUGAGCCUUGUUCUGGCUUUUAUGGUGAGGACAUUACCGGACAGUUUUAAUGAGGCCAAGUACAUCACCUUCAGCAUGCUGGUGUUCUGCAGCGUCUGGAUCUCUAUGAUCCCGGCUUAUCUGAGCACCAGGGGAAAGAACAUGGUGGCUGUGGAGAUAUUUGCAGUAAUGGCUUCCAGUGCUGGACUUUUAGGUUGUGUGUUUUUCCCAAAAUGUUUUAUAAUUUUGUUUAAAUCUGAAAUGAACAGAAAAGCUGACCUGCUGGGGACAAGAAAGAACUGAUGGCAAAAUGGUCACCCCGAUAAUAGUGAUUAACUCUGAAAUAACAACUUGUAGAUAUCAUCUUAUACUAGAAAGAAAUGAUAAAAUAUAAUUAGAUUCCAAUCGUUAC